AUAAGCCACACAAUGCGGACAGAUGAUUCAAAAUGUGCAGUCGCUCUUUGGUAUUCGUACCGAGUCACCUCGUCGUCUGCCGUGCCGAUAGUAAUAACGACUCUUGCGCAUAAUCGAAACUAUUCUUCCCUUCAAUAAAACGAUUAUGUUAUUGACAUUAGUUAGUUUAAUACUCAUAUUUAUAACUGUAUGUGUUAUAAAAAGUGUAACGAAACCCAGAAAAUUUCCACCGGGCCCAAAAUGGUAUCCAUUUAUUGGGUGUACCGGUGUAGUUAAUAGUAUGACCAAAAGUUAUGGUUCCCAGUGGAAAGGACUAUCAGUGUUAGCAAACGAGUAUUGUACGGAGGUGCUGGGCUUAAAGUUGGGGAAGGAACUUGUGGUGGUUGUGUAUGGUGAGAAGAAUAUUAGGCAGGCAUUCACUGAUAAGGAGUUUGAAGGGCGACCUGACAGUUUCUUCGCUAAGCUACGAUGUUUAGGAAAAAGAAUAGGCAUCACUUUUGCGGAUGGACCACUAUGGCGCGAGCACAGGCAUUUCACAGUGAAGCAAUUACGAAAUGUUGGCUUUGGAAAAUCGGCAAUGGAAAAAGAAAUACAAAAUGUUUUAUCCAACAUAAUCGAUUACAUCGGUAAAAACAAUGACAGGCCAAUAAAGCUCAUGAGUAUUAUGCCUCUGGCAGUGAUGAAUGUAUUGUGGAAGUAUGUGGCAGGAGAGCAAAUAAACGAAGAGCGCUUAACAUUCUUGCUGGACAUAUUGCGUGCCCGCACCAAAGCUUUUGCCAUGGCUGGAGGCUGGCUAAAUCAAGUACCGUGGUGUCGUUUCAUUUUUCCUGAGCUAAGUGGAUAUUCUCUAAUCAGAAGUAUGAAUCGGCAGUUAUCAGAAAUUAUUGAAGAAGCCAUAAAUAAACAUAAAAUUGGAGCAGUACAAGAGCAAGACUUCAUAUAUUCAUUUUUACAAGAAAUCGAUUCAAAUAAAAGCUCAUUCACGGAAGAACAACUAAAAGUGAUUUGCCUGGAUCUUCUCAUUGCCGGUUCGCAAACCACAAGUAACGUCCUAGAAUUUGCUUUUCUCGUCGUACUUCGCAACAGACCGCUGCAAGAAAAACUGUUCAGCGAAAUUAACAAACUUCUGGGAGACGAUCCGCCUUGCUGGGCUGAUAGUCACAGACUAAUAUACGUAUCAGCAUUUUUACUGGAAGUGCAAAGGUAUUAUACUAUAGUACCAUUAGCUGGACCAAGGAGAUUAUUGAAGGAUACCGUCAUCGAUGGAUAUUUAAUACCAAAGGAUUGCACCGUGUUAAUAUCAGUUGGUGAUCUACAUUUCGAUUCGAAAAUAUGGGACGAUCCGCAUGACUUUAAGCCUGAACGAUUUAUAGACGAGCGAGGGGCAUUGAAAAAUACUGAACACAUGUAUCCGUUUGGACUAGGUCGCAGGCGUUGUCCAGGUGAUUCUCUGGCUAAAUCAUUUGUUUUCAUUGUAUUUGUUGGCAUACUGCAGAAGUUUAGGGUUGAAUGCAGUAGCGAUGAGAUGCCUUCCCCUUCGCCAUUGAUCGGAUUGAUAUCCGCACCGCAGCCAUAUACUGUUCAAUUAAUAUCAAGGAAAAAAUGUAAUUAAAUUAUUAGAACACUGUUAGGUCCAUACAUCUACUAGAUGAAUUAAAAAUAUUGACAAUUAUCUUGAAGAUGUCUUAUUUAUAAAUAUAUAUAUAGAAAGUAGCUCGGUGGCGUAUUGGAUAAGCGCCGCGGCCCGCGAUCAUAGUCGUUAAGCAACUUUCGCAAGGGUCGGUCACGGGAUGGGUGACCAAAAAAUUAUUAUCUCGAGCUACUCCGUGCUUCGGAAGGCACGUUAAGCCGUUGGUCCCGGCUGCAUAUGCAGUCGUUAAUACCCUCCAAUCCGCAUUGGGCCAGCGUGGAGGGUCAUGGCCCACACUCCUUAACCAUCCACAAGGAAGGCCUGAGCCCCUGCAGUGGGGACGUAAAAGGGCUGAUGAUGUUAAGUAUUAUUUACCCUGACACUUUCAACAAUAAUUAUUGGCAUACUUCGAUUAUUAAAAUUUAAAAUUUAAUUUCAGACUUGCCUAAAUCGCUAAUAUAGUAGUACCUAGUUAUGAUUUAGAAACUUUUAUUAUAUCAUUGUCAUAUAGUCUGGCAGUAUAUAGUUUUUAAACUAUAUAUUUCAUUAAUAGAUUUAUUAUAUUUCUUGCGAAUCGUUUAUUAUUAAUUAUUUAUUUUUUAAGAAAAAGGUUUACUUAAUUUGAAGAAUUAGUAAUCCUUCUAAAUCUAAGUAAAAUUAAGAGCUU